AUGGACGUUUCGAGUACACAGGACGAGCGGGGUCGACCAGCCAACGACUUACUCAAAAAGCUGGAAAGCACGGCCUUCGAGCGAAUCAAAACAUCCAGCUACGAGUUCUGCUGCUUCAUGAGAAACCUGAAAGUCGACUGUGGACUGAGUGACGACUCUCUCAACUUCUGCGUGCAGGCACACAAGUUUAGGUCCAUCGAAUCUUAUUGGAGGUUAAUCGAGUCACUCAACGAUAAGAAUCCAAACUAUGAUGAUCGGCUACCCAAAGUGUUCGAAGAUCUUGAAUACCCAUUACAACCAGGACAGGCCUGGAAAGGCUCCGUGCAGACUUGUUUCAUGGACCACUACGCAGGCAAGAAUGUGAACAAGCAGGAAGUUUUAAUCAUACGGGCCAAAGGCCGCUCCUGGGAACACAUAUCGUCGUCAGUGAAGACGUUUGGUUACGGCAUUUUAGCUCUGGUGUCAAAAGGAGUCAACGACUGGAGUGACUGGAAAGUGUUUAGCAAGAUGCUGAGUGUGUGGCAUGUGGUCAAGGAAGAGUUCCCUCAGCUUGCCGACUUUGCAGCUCGAUUGGAUGAGCUCAUGGUACAACCCAUUCUCGAUGGUGAGCCAUGCGCCAAAUUCGGCUUCAACCUGGAGGACAACAGUAUGAGAUUCGACGCGCGCUUGAUCGUGGAGGCGGACGUGAAGAUGGAGGAUGAUUAG